AUCCAGAGAGCCUUAUCGCAUGACAAAAUUUGAGGGGCGGAGAGGCAUCCAUAAAUUAACACACGACCCCAACAAUUUCUAGCUUUCUUCGUCUCCACUAUUCCAGUUCUCUCUCUUACAACCUGUAACUGUAAACCGGUUGCAGAGGUGGAGACGGUAGGUAGAGUUUUUUCUUCAAUUAUACUCCAAACGGGUGUGGAAUCAAUAGUAAUGGAGGAAUUGAUUUUUGUUUAUCAGAAUUGAAUUCAAAAAUUUUCUGUGCUUUUUUUUUCUCUUCUUUCCUCUGAUACUUGUUGUUUGUGGGCGUUUUUUUUUUCUUUCGGUGGAUGGUUCUGGUAGGAACCAUGGCUACACUGGCUUCCUUGGCUAGUUUGGGAAAUGCGAGUGUUGUAGUAACGAGCUCCUCCGAGAAAACGCCAUCGUACAUACUGGUUAGGAGAGUUCCAUUGUUGAGUAGGGUUAAGGUUAUCAGUAGAUGUAUCUGUAAAUACUCGGUUACCACAGCUGAUUUCAUUACCGAGAAAGGUAAUAGCAGGUAUAGAGGUAGCAAUGAUAGUAAUACUGAGAUUGCACUCAGGCCUGCACCGAAGCCUGUCUUGAAAUCCAAGGGUGAACCCCUUUUGGGGGUCAAUUCUGUGAGGUGGAAAUCUGGUGAUGAUGAUGAGGAAGAGAAGGAAAAAGAGAGAAGUAAAGUGAUUGAGUCGCUUGGUGAGGUUUUAGAGAAGGCCGAGAGGCUUGAAGCAUCUAAUAGUGGAUUGGGUACUAGUAUCAGUGGUAGUAGUAAUAGCAGCACCAGAAAGCAGAGUGGAGGAAGUGUAAAUCAAUUUGGGAAGUCUAAUUCAACUAGAGUUGGUAAAGCUGUGGAUUCAAUGGGAACUCGUAAUGCUAAAGCUUCAAAGAGUGUGUGGCGUAAAGGCGAUUCAGUUGCACAAGUUGAAAAGGUUGUCAGGGAGCCCGUGAAGGAUAAUAGGAAUGUUGUGAAAGAGGAGCCUAAAAUGGUGAGAGGAGGGCAGGUACAGUCUAGACCCAGUGUUCCGUUCAGACCUGCCCAACGUAGCCCAAUGCUUGCAAUGCCUCAACCAACACUGCAAGCAAAACCUUCAAUAGCUCCUCCACCUGUGUUGAAGAAAACUGUUAUUUUGAAAGAUGUGGGAGCGGCUUCAAGGCAUCAAGUUAAUGAUGAUUUGGAUGCAGGUGUGAAAAGCAAAGAGAGGAGGCCAAUUUUGGUCGAUAAAUUUAGGACUAAGAAACCGGUGGUUGAUCCUCUAAUAGCUGCUGCAGUCUUAGCUCCUCCUAAACCAGCAAAGGGAAAAUUCAAGGAUGAUUAUCGCAAGAAGAGUAUUUCUGAUGGUGCUGCUAGGAGGCGGAUUGUUGAGGAGGAUGAUGAUGUCGAGAUACAUGAUGAGGAGUCAUCGGAGCUAAAUGUCCCUAUACCUAGAGCGUUGGCUGCUCGGAAAGGGAGGAAAUGGACUAAAGCUAGUAGGAAGGCAGCUAGACUUCAGGCUGCAAAAGAUGCUGCUCCUGUUAAAGUAGAUAUCUUAGAGGUUGGGGAAAAAGGUAUGUUAAUUGAGGAAUUGGCCUAUAGCUUAGCCAUCAGUGAAGGUGAAAUCUUUGGGCAUCUGUAUGCAAAGGGGAUUAAGCCUGAUGGGGUGCAAACUCUUGAUAAGGACAUGGUGAAAAUGAUCUGUAAAGAACAUGAAGUGGAGGUGUUAGAUGUUGACCCAGUAAAAGUGGAAGAAAUGGCUAAAAAGAAUGACAUUAUUGAUGAAGAAGAUUUGGAAAACUUAGAAAACAGGCCUCCUGUCCUUACUAUAAUGGGUCACGUGGAUCAUGGAAAGACAACCCUUUUGGAUUAUAUCCGGAAGAGCAAGGUGGCUGCCGCAGAAGCAGGUGGGAUUACACAAGGAAUUGGGGCAUACAAGGUGCUUGUUCCUGUUGACGAGAAACUGCAACCAUGUGUUUUCCUUGAUACCCCUGGACAUGAGGCAUUUGGGGCAAUGAGAGCUCGUGGAGCUAGGGUGACAGAUAUUGCUGUCAUUGUAGUGGCUGCUGAUGAUGGAAUCCGUCCUCAGACGAACGAGGCUGUUGCUCAUGCCAAAGCAGCUGGUGUACCUAUUGUGAUUGCAAUUAACAAGAUAGAUAAAGAUGGAGCUAAUCAAGAGCGAGUCAUGCAAGAGCUCUCUUCGAUUGGUCUGAUGCCUGAGCACUGGGGGGGUGACAUCCCAAUGGUUCCGAUCAGUGCUCUCAAGGGUGAGAACGUAUAUAAUUUGCUGGAAACCAUUAUGCUUGUUGCAGAGUUACAAGAGUUGAAGGCUAACCCUCACAGAAACGCAAAGGGCACAGUCAUUGAGGCAGGUCUUGAAAAAUCAAAAGGGCCAGUAGCAACAUUUCUUGUCCAGAAUGGCACUCUUAGAAAAGGGGACAUCAUUGUUUGUGGAGGAGCCUUCGGAAAGGUGCGAGCUUUAUUUGAUGAUGGUGGAAAUCGUGUUGAUGAAGCCGGACCUUCAAUUCCUGUGCAGGUAAUUGGACUGAAUAAUGUUCCACUUGCUGGCGACAAGUUUGAGGUUGUUUCAUCCCUUGAUAUUGCCCGUGAAAAGGCAGAAAUGCGUGCUGAGUCGCUGCGAAAUGAGAGGAUUGCGGCGAAGGCUGGUGAUGGAAAGGUCACCCUUUCUUCUUUAGCUUCUGCAGUUGCAUCAGGAAAACUGACUGGACUGGACCUACACCAGCUUAAUAUUAUAAUGAAGGUUGAUGUUCAGGGUUCAACCGAGGCUGUCAGUGAAGCACUCCAGGUGCUUCCUCAAGAUAAUGUUGUUUUGAAGUUUCUAUUGCAAGCAACAGGGGAUGUAAGUGCCAGUGAUGUUGAUCUUGCUGUUGCUAGCAAAGCCAUUAUCUUCGGGUUUAAUGUCAGAGCACCGGGUUCUGUUAAGAGCUAUGCUGACAGCAAAGGCGUCGAGAUUCGGUUAUAUAAAGUUAUCUAUGAACUUAUUGAUGACGUAAGGGAAGCAAUGGAAGGACUUCUGGAGCCUGUGAAGAAAGAAGUCACUAUUGGCUCAGCAGAAAUUCGUGCCACAUUCAGCAGCGGUAGCGGGCGUAUUGCUGGAUGCAUGGUAACAGAGGGAAGAGUGGUUUCAGGCUGUGGUGUUCGGGUUAUUCGAAAUGGAAAAGUUGUACAUGUUGACAUUCUUAAUUCCUUGAGAAGGGUUAAAGAAACCGUAAAAGAGGUAAAUGCUGGACUAGAAUGUGGUAUCGCAAUUGACCACUACAGUGAUUAUGAGGAAGGAGAUAUUUUGGAGGCCUUCAACACAGUUGAGAAGAAGCGCACUCUUGAAGAGGCAGCAGCUUCAAUGGCAGCUGCCCUGGAAAAUUUAUAGAUGCACACAGGGUCAAAAGAAUUUCUGCGUAAAAUUUCCUUGAUAGAACCAAUCUGCAUCGGACUGGUGUAACCCCACCGAUUCAGUGCUUCAUGACUUCCUGCUAGUAACAUAACAACGAUUUAUCACAGCAUGCGACGAGUUAUCUUUUGAUGCAGGGUAUGAAGACCCGAGCUUGCUUUGAUUUUGUCCCAUUGUUGUAGCUAUGAUGUUGUAUAUAGCAAUGUACACCAAAUCUCAGAUCUCGUCUGUAAAGGAGGAGCAAUUGUUAAGCUCCUCAAGAUUCAUUGUAGACAUGAGAUCUGCAAAGAAAAGGCAGAUUGAAUUUUUCACUAAUAUCACAAGUUUUUUAAAUCGGGUGUUUUCAGUCCGGACCUUGUUGAAAUACAUGGAGUCCAUUUUGGAUUUUAUGGCUA